AUGGAAACCUCACCGCCUCUAGCCACUGAUAGCUUCUCAUAUAGCUGGUUACCAAAUUGCAAACCCCUUGCAAAUGACCUCAAGGAGCCUCUAAGAGAAUCCACUUACAAUUCCUGUGAAGGCACCACCAAUUAUCCAUUAAUGGAAGAAUGGCAAAACUUCAAUUUUGAUAUUUCCAUCACACAGUCCCCUGCUGUUCUUUCUCAUGCUGAUGAACUCUUCUCUAAUGGCCUUAUCAAACCACUAUUUGCUGGCCCUUCCACAUUAGAGUCUUGCGAUACCACCAGAAAUUCCACACAAUCCAAGCCUAUUUCUUCCUUUUCUUCAAGAAUUGUUUCUCCAAGAACUGUGCAAAUUCAUCAUGGUUUCCUCACAAAGUGGAAAACUUCUACUUGUAGAACCUUGAGAAACCUUUCUAGGUAUGUCAACCAACUAUGCCAGAAAGUUGGAAGCUCAAGGAAAAGUACUAAAGUUGAUGAUAUUGAUAAAGAAGAGUGGCUAGUUAAUAGUAGCUGGAGCAGUUCACAGCAACCAUCUCCAAAAUCAAACACUGUCAAUCCUGUUGGUGCUUUGCUUGAUCAUGAGAACUCAAUCUAUGAAGCAGUCCUCCACUGCAAAAGAUCAAUAGAAAGAUGAUCCCUCCUCAAAUAAAAAGAAGAAAAUUGUAGAGCUAUUUGAAAUGGGUGGUAGCUGUUUAAGCAUGGCAACUGGUUCUUUGCAUCAUUUCUCUCUUGUUCUUGAAAGUUAUUUUUAUUUCUUUGCUUAAACAAGAAGAGGUGCUUUGGCAGAUACCAACUGUGGGGUUUAUAAGAAAUGUUGGAUUGGAUCCUACUGUUUCAUGGUUUUGUAUAGAUAUGAGUUAUAGCACAAACUGUGUACUGUGUUCAUACUAAAGAUAACGACGUUUUUCUUCUUA